AUGUGCGUCAAGGAGUUUCUCGGGUACAAUUGCGGUCACUGCUCCAUCCCCGUUCUCCGACCUUGUCCUAUCUCUCAAUCCAACCCCACAUUCCCAGUGUGCCAGUACCCGGCCGAGCGACCGAUAUUCACUAAUGACUUCUGCCACCCAUGCUCUCGCAUCAUCUGGAACAUUAAGGUUCUGAGGGAAGAGGGGACACACAAGGAACGACACAUGGCGGGGGAAUGUUUGUGUGAAGUUAUCUUUGAAGGUGAGGAUCGGGAGAAGCGUCUUCGACCUCGGAGUGGAAAGGGGAAGGAGAGACCCGCCGAGAAAGAGACUCAUGGUGGUGCAAACUCCAGAGAGGCUAGUGGAGGUAAGAAUGCACGACCAGGUGCUGAGCGUGGCUAUGAAGACAGGGGCGAGACAUCGACUGGAGUUGGACAAUAUGGUUCACGUGGCCGAAGAAGUGUUAGGGAUGGAUCUCAGUAUGAUCAGAAGAAUGAUGGUGCUGUAAUGAAUUCUCAAGCUGGUGGUGAAGGUCGCAACCUUAGUGGCGGGGUCGAGUAUAGGUAUGCCGAUCAAGGUCAGGUGUGUGCUGGAACUUAUGCCCGUGGAAAUUUUGCAGAUGGUGAGUGGGUUCAAGGUUAUGAUGGUGGACGACGCAACGCUAUACUCGGACAUGGUGGUUCAGACGCGGACGGAUCUUAUGGGUCUCAUGUCUAUGGACCACUAGGCCAUCAAAUGCAUGCAGGGCAAGACACGGGACUGGGUGAUUGGUCUCGGCGUGAUUGGGACCCCGAGGCCCAAGAGAAAGCAUACCAAUACGUUGGUUAUGUCGCCAAUGAGCUUCGCCAGCAAAGACCAGUGAUGCCCGAGUCCGGAUAUGGAACGGCGGUUGCUGGAGGUAACUACCCGAGUCACUUGGUUUGGGAGGGUCAAACUAUGUUGGGCCAACCUGGCGCCGGCAUGAAGUGGUAUCCUCAGCCUGACCCCUCCCAACCUGCAACUACAAGCAACGAGACGGCCCAGCCAGCAGUGAAGGACAAUGAAAAGAGCGGCAAGAAGACGAAAGCUUUAUCAAAGGCACACUCGGAGCCAAGCCACACGCCCUACCAAAGCUACGCAAAGUCGGCAGCUGAGGAUUCCGAGCUCCAAGUAGAGCCACAAGAGGAACAAGCAGAGGCACCAGUCGUCAGCAGUGACAUGGUCAAGCCUCGAUACUAG